UCUCAAAGCAAUCCUCUCUCUUUCCCGUUAAUCCUACUACUACUUACUCGCUUGAUCUAAUUUUCCAUAUCAUUAUUUCCCAAUCUUAGCUCUUCAACUCCUUCCUCACCAAGAAGAUUUUGCUGUUAACUUUUGCUAUUUACCUGUAUCAAUCAAGCUACUUCAGAGAUCUAAAACUUGUUUUGUUUCUUACUUUCUUUCCAUUUUGAUUGGAAGUUCAAAUAAUUUAGAAGAAAUGAGAAAUCUGAACCAGUUCACAAGGUUUGGAUUCAAGAAUGGAGUUUUUUCCUUCAUCUUCCUCCUCUCCAUUCUCACACUUUUUCUCAGCAUAACCACUCUCUGCAUAUUCUACCCUCAGAACCCCCUCUCCUUCAGCAACUCAUUUGGAGAUCAAACUACAGGUCAAGGAGGCUCCAUCCAGCUCUUAGACUCCAUUAUAGAGAAGCUUGUGGAUCAUAUGAGAGCAGUAGAGAAUUCAACAAUAAGUUCUGGAGAGCAUUCUGAGCUCAAUGAUAUGAGGCUCAAGCACACAGCUUUCCUUGCAGAGAUUUUAGGCCUUGCAGGAUCACUGAAGCUAUCACUAACUCGAGAAAAAGAAGAUUUUCAUCAACAACAAAGAACUCCAUCAACAGAUACUCAUCCUCUGUCAAGAAGCAAUGGAAGCCUCGACGAAACCGCCGAGUUCUUCCUCACAGAAGAGAUAAGAAAAUAUAUGAAGAUUAAGCCCAACAGACUUGGAAAGCAGAAUUUCAUGGGAGCCAAUGGGACCUUCAUGAGCAUAGGCCAUGCCUGCUUCUCACUCAAGGAAGAGCUAGAAGAGUACAUGGACUAUGAUGUUGGAGAUUUCUGCAAGGAUGAUUGGAAACAAGCACAGAGACUAAUGGUUCUUGGCUGUGAUCCUUUGCCAAGGAGAAGGUGCUUUGCUAGAGCUCCCAAGCUAUAUUCCAAGCCACUUCCCAUCAAUGAAUCAAUUUGGAACCUUCCCGACGACCGAAACGUCCGUUGGAGCGGCUAUCGCUGCAAAAACUUCGCCUGCCUCGCCGCGAAUCGGACCGGCAAAGGCUUCUUUAAAUGCUCAGAUUGCUUCAACCUCACUCACCAUGAAAGGCUCAGGUGGAUGCAGCUUAACACUUCUGAUUUUCUCAUAGAAGAAGUGUUAAGUAUCAAGCAAGGGGAGAUCAGAAUUGGGUUGGAUUUCAGUGUUGGAACAGGAACUUUUGCUGCUAGGAUGAAGGAAUUUGAUGUUACAGUGAUUUCUGCUACUAUAAAUCUGGGUGCUCCAUUUAGUGAGAUGAUUGCUUUGAGAGGAUUUGUUCCUCUCUACUUGACCAUAAAUCAGAGGCUUCCUUUCUUUGAUAACACUCUUGACUUGAUUCACAGCACCCGAUUUCUCGACGGAUGGAUCGAUUUCAUCUUGUUGGAUUUCGUACUGUACGAUUGGGAUCGUGUUCUGAGGCCUGGAGGAUUAUUAUGGAUUGAUAGUUUCUUUUGCAAGAACAAGGACCUGGAAGAUUAUUUGGAUGCUUUUAGGAUGUUGAGGUAUAAGAAACACAGGUGGGUUGUGGUGCCAAAGUUGGAUAAAGAUGGAGAGGAGGUUUUCUUCUCUGCCUUGCUGGAGAAGCCACCAAGGCCAUUCUGAUCAUGUAAUGUUUUGAGGUUUUGAUGGUCAUGGUUCUAU